GCCGACCCGCGGCCGGCUCCGCGUCACAGGAACUUCAGCACCCACGGCGCGGACAGCGCUCUCUUCCACCUGAAGACCUGACGCCCGAGCCCCGAGCCUUUCUAAUCCCUUUACUCCCUAGCCGCGCAGAGCUCCACCGACCGCCGGUCCCCCCCACUCUCCCUCCCUGCACCCUCCUUCUUCCUGUUUUUACUCCUCCUUUUCAUUCAUAACAAAAGCUACAGCUUCGGGAGCCCGGCGCCAGGCUGUUUCUGAGCCAAGCGUGGAAGAAUGGGGUUCCUUUGGACCGGCACUUGGAUUCUGGUGUUGGUGCUCCACAGCAGCCCAAUUCAAGCUUUCCCCAAACCGGGAGGCAGCCAAGACAAACCCCUACAUAAUAGAGAAUUAAGUGCAGAAAGACCUUUAAAUGAACAGAUUGCUGAAGCAGAAGCAGGCAAGAUUAAAAAAACAUACCCUCCAGAAAACAAGCCAAGUGAAAGCAAUUAUUCCUUUGUUGAUAACUUGAACCUGCUAAAGGCAAUAACAGAAAAGGAAAAAAUUGAGAAAGAAAGACAAUCCAUAGGAAGCUCCCCAUAUGAUAAUAAAUUGAAUGUGGAAGAUGUUGAUUCAACCAAGAAUCGAAGACUGAUUGAUGAUUAUGAUUCUACUAAGAGUGGACUGGAUCAUAAAUUUCAAGAUGAUCCAGAUGGCCUUCAUCAACUAGAUGGAACACCUUUAACUGCUGAAGACAUUGUCCAGAAAAUUGCUACCAGGAUUUAUGAGGAAAAUGACAGAAGAGUGUUUGACAAGAUCGUUUCUAAACUGCUGAAUCUUGGCCUAAUCACAGAAAGCCAGGCACACACACUGGAAGAUGAAGUAGCUGAGGUUUUACAAAAAUUGAUCUCAAAGGAAGCCAACAAUUAUGAAGAGGAACCCGAUAAACCCACAAGCAGAACUGAGAGCCAGGCUGUGAAAAUACCAGAGAAAGUGACUCCAAUGGCGGCAAUUCAAGAUGGUUUUACUAAUGGAGAAAAUGAUGAAACAGUAUCUAACACUUUAACUUCGACGAAUGGCUUGGAAAGGAGAACUAAAACCUACAAUGAAGACAGCUUCGAGGAACUUCAAUAUUUCCCAAACUUCUAUGCACUCCUGAAAAGUAUCGAUUCAGAAAAAGAGGCAAAAGAGAAAGAAACGCUGAUUACCAUCAUGAAAACGUUGAUUGACUUUGUGAAGAUGAUGGUCAAGUACGGCACAAUAUCCCCGGAGGAAGGUGUUUCCUACCUUGAAAACUUGGAUGAAACAAUUGCUCUUCAGACCAAGAACAAGCUAGAAAAAAAUGUCACUGACAAUAAAAGCAAGCUUUUCCCAGUGCCAUCAGAGAAGAGUCAUGAAGAAACAGAUAGUACGAAGGAAGAAGCAGCUAAGAUGGAAAAGGAAUAUGGAACCUUGAAGGAUUCCACAAAAGAUGAUAACUCCAACCCAAGAGGAAAGACAGAUAAGCCAAAAGCAUUCAUUUCAUAGACCAUCACAGUUUUCUCCUACACUGACACAGCUGACGUAUCAACUCUGAUUGUCUGGUAAUCACCUAUGUUGAGAAAGGUUAUGAUGUUGCAACUGGACUCAGGAGGAAAGAAUGUUGGACUGAUUAAUCAAUAAUGUCUGUCAUGGGUAUGAAAAGGGGGAAUUGGUGAUAUAUGUGCCUUGUUUGCUGAACGGUCAUAAUGCCUUGAUCCACUCAACCCUAGGCCCACUUUAGAUGAAUGGUAAACUUAUUUUUAAUAUAUAUAUAUUUCUUAAUUGUGGUAAAAUACACAUAAAAAAAUUUGCCAUCCUAAGCGUGUUUAAGUAUACAGUUCAGUGGCAUUAAGUACAUUCAUAUUAUUGUGCUAGCUUCACCACCAUCUAUUUUCAGAACUCUUCUCAUCUUGCAAAACUGAAACUCUGUACUCAUUAAAUAGUAACUCCCCAUUUCUGUUCUCCCCCCAGGCCCUGGCAACCACCAUUCUACUUUCUGUCUCUAUGAAUUUGACUCCUCUAGGUACUUCAUAUAAGUAGAAUCAUAUAGUAUUUGUCCUUUUGCAGAUGACUUAUUUCACUUACCAUAAUGUCCUCAAGGUUCAUCCACAUUAUAGCACGUGUCAGAAUUUCCUUCCUUUUAAAGACUGAACAAUAUUCCAUUGGAUGUAUAUACCACAUUUUUUUUGUCCAUCUAUUUGUCUAUGAAUGCUUGGGUUGCUUCCAUCUUUUGGCUAUUGUGAAUAAUGCUGCUCUGAACAUGGGUGUACAGAUAUCUUGAGACUCUGCAUUCAGUUUUCAUGGGAAUAUUCCCAGAAGUAGAAUUGCUAGAUUAUAUGGUAGUUUUAACUUUUUGAGGAAUUUCCAUAGCAGCUGCACCCUUUUACGUUCCCACCAACUGUGUGCAAGGGUUCCAAUUUCUCCACAUCCUCACCAACACUUCUUUUAUUUUCUGUCUUUUUGAUGGUAGCCAUCCUAAUGGAUGUGAGGUACAGGAUGAGUGAUAAACUUUUGAAAAAUUUAAAAACCAGGAAAAGACUGGUCCUGUGGCCUGAGGUAGAGAGCCAGGAACUGGGCAUCACAAAGCACUUCAGCUCACCCCCAUAGAAACCCGGUAUGCCCAAAUCAUCUCUUCUGAGUGCAACUCAUGUGUAGUGAAUGCGUUUUCCUAGAACACAGCAAGCCAUCGUCCAGGUCCUUUGAUUUGCUGAGGCAGCAUGCUCAGUGCUUAAGACAACGCCUUAUAUCGCUGUGCAAAUAUUCCUAGGAAUGGGUGCUGACAAGUCUCUUUGCUUGUGUUAGGAAAACAUUAUGUAAAAAAGGAAUAUGAAGGAGUUGAUUCUUGAUAGCCCACUGUUGCCUAUUUAGGAUGUCACUGUUUGGAGACUAAUGAUGAGGUUAGAUUUCUUUUCUCAUUAAGAUUUCCAUCAGGUAAUAGUGGGGAGAGAGGAGAGUAAAACUCCAUCCAUUUGGUGUUACUCUUUGUAAUGGCUCUCCUGAAACAUUAGGAAGAAGGUAGAGAUUUGGGGCUAAAAUUAGUGCCCACCACCACCAUUAUUUAGAGAUUUAAUUUAUUCACGCUCCCCCUGAUCCCCAUUACUCUGGGAUAAGGAAAACUGAUUCUAGUACCAUUUAGAAAACAUCAAACAGCUUAAGCCAAGGGCCAACAUUUCUUUGAAAAAAAUGUAAUUAAUCCCCAAAAGGACAUACUAUGACAUAUCUCCUUGUAUUCACAGUUGCUUUAUUUGCACUUUUUUCAAAGGCUAUUUUGCUUCUCUGUUAUAAAGCUGGUGAGAAAACACCUCUUGUCUCUAGGCAGAAAAAUAAAAGCAUCCAUGUGUGUGAAGGCUUGGGUGUUG